AUGGCUUGUGAAUCUAAUGAGUAUGCACAGGCUCUCCUUGCACUUGCACGUUCACAGCCGUCCGUCUCACCAACUCCGCAUAUGACCAGCGCCUCGUUCAUGCCACCACCGCAUGCCUAUAGCGGGCAGCACAUGUGGGGAGAUCCGUCAUAUGCUACUCCGCAACACCAGCCACUGGCACGCUCCGCGACCGUCAACAGCGCUACAGGAGCCAGUGCUUGGGGUAGGGAUGACCAUAAUGUAGGUCUGGACUACUACGAUGACCACAGUGGAUGGAGCAGAGGGGCCCAAGUGGCUCUCCCGCUAUUGCCUUCAGCACCUUCUGAGCCUAGCACGCCUACACCUACCAAAGGUGGUGCAAAACGCGCACGUGCAGGCACAAUUGCUCCAAAAUUGCGAUCGGCAAAGAAGCCAUGUAGAUCCACAGCCAAGGCCACAGUUGAAGUAAAAAUUGUAUUAUCUGCUAGUUUUGCUACCAGCCGGUCAAAGGUGUCUCGACUGACUCUGGUUCAAUUGAAAGUUCACAAAAAACCAUUGGUUCAUAAAUCUACACUACACACCUAA